AUGAAAUAAAUAGUUUAAUCUGCAAGACUCCCUUCAUCUCCAAUUUUCCAUAGAAAAAAACCUACUGAGCUCCAGAAUCCCUUAGAACAUUUAGUCAGAGUACAAUCACCUUGCGGAAGUACAACAAAUAAUGCAUUUGGAAGAUGUCCCACAGUCAAGACUUUGAAUAGUGAUAGAGAUCCUGUUGAGAUUACUAUAACGUUAAUGGUGGAUGGUUAGAAAUUGAUUGUACCAAUAGGAAUAAAUCAAAGCACCACAGAUUUAUAUAAGAAAUUAAUAGCGAAAGUGAAUCAAGUAAACCCUGCAAUCGUGCAUUAAAUUAAACAUUUUUAAACUCACAGUAGCCUUAAGAAUUACAAUAUUGAUUACUAUUUAUCACUAGAGCAUCAUCCGUUAGAUGUAUUCAAAGAAUAAAGACAUUUGAAAUUAGAACCAUAUAUUUCAAAAAAAGUAAAUACUUAAUUAAGCAUCGAUGAUUUCGAAAUACUUAAAUGUAUUGGAGUAGGUGGAUUCUCCCGUGUUUAUUUGGUUCGUAAGAGAGACAGCGGAUAUUUUUAUGCGAUGAAAUUGAUUGAUAAGAAUUUCAUUUUGAAUUCAAAUAAAGAGAUAAUUAUUAAUAAUGAGAGAUAAGUGAUGGAGUAAUUGAAUUCUCCUUAUUUAGCAAAACUAUUCUACUCUUUUGAAACCAAGUACUAUUUGGUCUUUGUUUUGGAAUAUUGCGCAGGAGGAGAAUUGUUCUAUCAUUUACGGAAACUACGAAGAUUGAAUGAGGAAUUAGCCAAACAGUAUUUUGUAUAAGUCUGUUUGGCAAUCCAAGAAUUACAUCAAUAUGGAGUUGUUUAUAGAGACAUCAAACCUGAAAAUAUCCUAUUAGAUUUGGAUGGAUACAUACGUCUAUCUGAUUUUGGACUUGCCAAACCAAAUAUGGACAGAGAAGAAACAGCCUUUUCCUUUUGCGGUUCUCCUGAAUACAUGUCACCUGAAAUGCUCAUGAGAAAUGGCCAUAACUUCAUGGUUGACAUCUACUGUCUGGGAGCAUUGUUAUAUGAAUUUAUAUGUGGAUCUCCUCCCUUCUAUAGUAGAAACAUUGAGUAGAUUUACAAUAGCAUCUUGAAUGAUAGAAUAUCAUUCCCUCCUUAAUUGCAAAUUCAUUCAGAUCUUAAAGAUUUGAUUUCUAAAUUAUUAAUCAAAGAUCCUUAGUUGCGUCUAGGAUCCAAAAAUGGAAUUAAAGAGAUCCUAUAACACAGAUGGUUUAAGGGAUUCGAUAUAGAAGCCUUAGCUAAAAGAAGGGUGAACAUCAGUUAUCGUCCUAAGCCAUUAAGUUAUAAUUUCGAUGAAGUUGAAUUUAGCAAGGGAGAUUAGGAAUUUUAAAAAAAACUCUAAGAAAAUUUGAAGAAAGAAAAACAGAGUAAAUUUAGUAGAUAUUUUCCAAAUUUUGAGUACACAAAUUAGAAUAUUCGUGAUAGCAGGGAGGCUAUUUUAUAGCUCACAUUAAAGCAGUAAUAGAUAUAAGGAUAGUAAGGAUUGCCCAAGCCUUAGUAAAGAACUUAGAUUACCUUAUCUCCACUUUCAAUGGUCAAAGGAGUAUCAAACAUCAAGGCUUUGACUUAGAGUUCCUUCAAAUAGGCAUCAUAAUGCAAACGCUUUAAUACUGACAUCGACAUAAGUAAGAUAAUUAAGAAUAUGUGA